AUGUUCCGAAGUUACUGCGCGGCCGUCGAUGCUGCGGCUGAGGAAUUCGAUGCUAAUUCGGACAUGUUGGUUCACGCGAAAAGGUCCUGUCUCAACCGAAGUCUGAAAUACCUGACGAUGACGACAAAGGAGGCUGUCGAGCUCUUGGACCAGACUGGUCAUUACGAGCACGAGUCGCAAACAAUUGACGGUUCUUGGAGCACUUACGGCUUUGAUGAUUCGCCGUUUCAAUAUCUAUGGUGUUUUCGUUUCGUACAGAAACUCACGGAGCCUGACUUCAAUUGCGAGGAAGCCAACACGUUGAUUGUGCCACAUGCCGUGCUUUCCGAGGAUUUUACCUUUCUGCAACGUCUGCUCCGCGCUAUCCAGAUUUUCGCCGAUCCCCGCCGAGUUGUUCGUCUCCUCGACUUGGAAUUCGCUGGCCGACCCUACGUGGCGAUGCAGUUACGUGCCACCGAGGAAGUUUGGCCCGGUUACGAUCUAGAUUUGUUGCUUUUUCUGGCGAUGUAUCUCUAUCUAUCCGACGAGCCUCAUCCUUUUUGGGAUCCGACGAGACCAGCUCUCUUAUCUGCAUCGCUGUUGCCUGGUCCUGAAGUAGUUGCGGAUCCGUGGCGUGGCCGUUUGGAAGCCGCUCCGAUGGAUUGCUUUUACGUCCAUCAUGAUCGUCGGCGUAAUCGGAUGGUCAACCUUCUCCCCGAAGGCUUAGGCGAACUUUGGCUGGGCGAGAUUUAUCGGCAGCUCUACCCGGAUGGUCUUCCCCAAGUUGGUGCCUUAGCCGUCAUCCCUAUCGAGGAGGAACUUGCCGAAGGAGAGAAUGCUCGUCGCCCCGUCUACACCGGUGCCGAGGACUUGCGAUAUCCUUACCGUCCUGAUUUCCCCGACUCACCUGACUUUUGA